AUGCGCCCUCCGAGACCACCGCCUGCCCGCUGGCUCUGCGUGCUGGCAGGAGCCCUCGCCUGCGCCCUCGGACCCGCGGGCAGCCGGGCAGCCGGCCCACACCAUGAGUGUGAGUACCUGCAGAUGAUUGACCUACAGCGUCAGCAGUGCCUGGAGGAGGCCCAGCUGGAGAAUGAAACCACAGGCUGCAGCAAGAUGUGGGACAACCUCACCUGCUGGCCGACGACCCCUUGGGGCCAGGUGGUAGUCCUGGACUGCCCCCUCAUCUUUCAGCUGUUUUCCCCCAUUCAUGGCUAUAACAUCAGCCGUAGCUGCACUGAAGAAGGCUGGUCACAACUGGAGCCCGGCCCCUACCACAUUGCCUGCGGCCUGAGUGACAGGGCAUCUAGUUUGGAUGAGCAGCAACAGACUGAGUUCUACGAUGCCGUGAAGACCGGUUACACCAUUGGCUACAGCUUGUCCCUUGCCAGCCUCCUGGUUGCCAUGGCUAUCUUGAGCCUGUUCAGGAAGCUGCACUGUACCAGAAACUACAUCCACAUGCAUCUCUUCAUGUCCUUCAUCCUGAGGGCCACUGCCGUCUUCAUCAAGGACAUGGCCCUCUUCAACAGCGGGGAGAUGGACCACUGCUCUGAGGCCUCGGUGGGCUGCAAGGCAGCUGUGGUUUUCUUCCAGUAUUGUGUCAUGGCCAACUUCUUCUGGCUGCUGGUAGAGGGCCUCUACCUACACACCCUGCUGGCCGUCUCCUUCUUCUCUGAGCGGAAGUACUUCUGGGGGUACAUACUCAUCGGCUGGGGAGUGCCCAGUGUAUUCAUCAUGAUAUGGACAAUUGUCAGGAUCCAUUUUGAGGAUUUUGGGUGCUGGGACACCAUCAUCAACUCCUCACUGUGGUGGAUCAUCAAGGCCCCUAUCCUCAUCUCCAUCUUGGUGAACUUCAUCCUCUUUAUCUGCAUCAUCCGAAUCCUGGUUCAGAAACUGCGGCCACCCGACAUUGGGAAGAAUGACAGUAGCCCAUACUCGAGGCUGGCCAAGUCUACACUUCUGCUUAUCCCCCUGUUUGGAGUUCACUAUGUCAUGUUUGCCUUCUUCCCUGACAACUUUAAGGCCCAGGUGAAAAUGGUCUUCGAACUUGUCGUGGGGUCUUUCCAGGGUUUUGUGGUGGCCAUCCUCUACUGCUUCCUCAAUGGUGAGGUGCAGGCGGAGCUGCGGCGGAAGUGGCGGCGUUGGCAUCUCCAGGGCGUCCUGGGCUGGGGCUCCAAAUCCCAGCAUCCGUGGGGAGGCAGCAACGGCGCCACGUGCAGCACGCAGGUGUCCAUGCUGACCCGUGUCAGCCCGAGCGCCCGCCGCUCCUCCAGCUUCCAAGCGGAGGUCUCCCUGGUCUGACCGCCAGAGGCCGCCAGGCCCCUUCGCACCCUCCCCACGCCGGCCCCUGGAGCAGAGGUCUGCAGCGACGCCGCUGGCUCCAGCCUUUCGAAGGGACACACUCCUUUGCUGCAGCCAGAACUGGGUCCAUGCUAGCUAGAGAGCAGGGAGGGCUAACCUUGGAGGACGCAAGGAGGACCCAGCAUCAGAUUCCUCCUCCCAAGGCCGCUCUGCCAGUCAGGCGCACAAAAUCUGCAUACACCUCCUGGAAAGCAACCGCUUGUCCCUAACGGUGCCUAGAAUUCCACUGGGGCGCUCGAGUCGCUUUGGGUUAAGCGUUGUCCUUGAGACUUCUCUCUGAGGAUGCAGCCCCCUCCCUGCGUUUAUCUGCCAGCUCUUCUGGGUGGGUGAGUUCUUCUACCUCAGGCAGAUAUGGUUGUGACCUGGAGUUUCAGUUAGGGGAUCACCGCUGUGUUGUGGUCCUCCCUCAGGAUGGAAAUGUCCCAGUGUAUCGUCAGAUCUGGGAGCUCAGGGACCUACCUCUGAGGAGGGAGAAGACAGCCUCAGCCAGUGCUCACCAAGUGGCUUUGUCUGUCAAAUAGGAUCACUCCCACUAGCCUUAUGCACAACCAAAGCAAUAGCGAGCUGCCCGUGCUGGGCUCUCAACUACACACCAACUACUGCCGGAAGGGUCAGAGGCAUGACCACACGGGCCCCUUGAUCCUGAGAUCACCCUGACAUCACUGGGAGUCUCAGUGAGAGCAGGUAUUCUUUCCUGUCGCUAAAGACUAUCUUUUUUACAUAUUGUGAUCUGCUGGAUUCUCUUGGGGUCGUAUUACCACAGAUGCUAUUGCCCCCCCCCCCCAGUCUCCAGUUCCUGUGGAGAGUUCCUUUUAUGUCUUUGACAUAAAAGCCUGGGGGUCAAGGCAUCUUACGCCUCCCUCCACCCUUAUAGCGAUAUGGCUUCUAAUCCAAACUGGUGUCAGCAGGCCCCCUCUCAGAGCUACACCAGGCUUGUAUAACAAUAAAUGUUGGCUCUAACAGGCUUAGUUCCCCUGGCCACUGUGGGUCUCCUGCUUCUAAGCAGGUGUGUCACCUCUGCUCUGGUGAGAGAUGACCCACUAAAGCCACCACCCUUCUGUCUUUGGACUGGGGCUUUCCAUUUUCAUGUGAGGACUUACUCCCAAGAGCCUUUGAUUCACAUGUGAGUGUGAAGAGGUUGUGACAGGGGUCCCCGUUGUGACCCUCUCUCCCCUAAACCCAUCUGGAAGGAGACGGAUUCUGUCUCAGACCGAAUCAAAAUAGCCAACAGAGCUGUCGUAGACAGCAAGGGUUCAGGAAUCAUUCCUGAGAACACGCCAAACAGGAAAGGCAGCAACCAGCUCGUAGCUGCUGCCUACAAGCCAACCAAGAGGGUUCAGUCAGUGGAGAUUUCCCAGCACAAGUCAGUGAGGAGAGGCCGUGUGGCUAACAGAAAGGAGUAGACGCAGCCGUGGGGCAGAGCAGGUGACAUUGGUCGGUCGGUGAGAGAUAGCUAGCUCCCAGGGGUUUGUGCAAACACACUUGUGUAAACCUGAGGAGUUGUCAUGCUGAUGAAUAUCAGGCUGGUGUAAAAAAAAAAAAAAAAGAAAGAAAGAAAAGCCAGAAUGGGCUAGCAGAGGCUCAAAUCUGCCUGCAACACUCAUUCAAAGGUUGCCGCCCCCAGUACCAACCCCACACCUAAACGAAUGGGCCCGAGAUUCCACCAGCAGUACUGUGUGGUGGCACCAGGGUAAGGCACGGGGCACUGGGAGGGGAGCAGUUGCCAGCCAAGAGAACAAAACGAGUAAAACUCAGUGUGUGUUCAAGAGAAGAAGGGUAGAGUUAGGAGGUGAGAGAGUCCGUGGAGAGCAUUCUGGGAUAGAGAGAGACUGGGAGGCUUAGAGGAAGUGCUAAGAGAACUUGUGCUGGCAUUCUAGAUUGGUGGCAGCCGUGGGGCUUCCAGGCUGGGUUAUCACAGUCCCUUCUUCCUCUGCCAACACCUAGGUCCUUCGGGCUCUGCCAGGCACCUGUCUAGCCAGGCGAACUCAUCUCUGUCGCCACCUGGUGGACACUUCCAAGACUUGACCAACUUUGGCCACCUUAGGGCUUCAUAGGGAAACAACCAACAUAGAAAGCUGGGCUCAAUAUGGAACCCAGACCCUGGUGGCUCCUUAAAACUGAAGCCUACCCACAGUCUGUAAGGGCAAAGGCCAGUUAGCUGAAGUGGGUAAGGACAGGGAGCUGUAUCCUCUGAGCCCAGAGAAGCCCAUUUAUUCUGUGCUAGCAGAAUGGCCCUGAGGUGUUUGAGGGCUAGGAGAGGUCCUAGAGUCCCAAGGGAAUGUGUUGGGUGUCAGGGACAACUGAGUUUGGCUGAGCAGACGUUGGGGGCACUUGCCAGUAGAGACAAAGAGAAGGUCUAUCAGAUGAGACUGAGAGGUGGGGAGGGGUUAACACAGAGAAGGACCCAGGUCUGGAAAGGGUGCCAGACCAUCAACAGGAAGGGGAGGAGGUGUGUCGGUGAGACAAUGGCCUGGUUUGGGACAUGCUGAAUGUUAUGUCUGCAGGGUAUCUGAGAAGAGCCCCUCUGGAACAGUGAGAGUUCGGACAAGUCCCCAGGCACCCCCUGGGGUGUGCUGGGCACAGCUGGAAGAGGAGGCUGACUCAGCCCUUCCAUCCUAGCUGCCCAUCAGGUCUGUUUUAAUGAGCAGUGGCCAGCUUCCCUACCCCCAUGUGGGAACAGGAACAGCUCCUAUCUCUCUGGGGGAAGGGGAAGGGGCGGAGCCACAGCUGGCAGUCAUUAAACACCCUGCUCUAGGCAGGGAUGGCCAAGAUAUUAAUAGCCCCGGGAGUCUAUGGCCCUGAAGACUCAGCCUCCCAGGAAAAGGACAGAGCAACCGCAGCAGACCAGAGGGAUGCAUCAGGAGGUCAACCUGGCAAUGCCCCAGCCUCCACACAACACAGAUGGGAUAACCAGAAAAUAGAGAAGGAAAGUCAUCAUAGAGGCAGAUGUUGAACACAACUUUCCAAAUCCCCUGGUCGUGCCUCAGAUAUUCUAUAUAUUGUCAAAGAUGGGGGGCUGUGCCCUACCUGGAGACACAGAAAUAGUUGAUCCGGUUAACAGUCCUAAUUCCUUCUUGACAUAUUGUUUAUCUUGUAUUUUUGCAUUAAUUUUGAUAUUUUAAAAUACUGAAUUAAAAUAUUAUUUACCUUGA